AGUGCAUGUGAACGCCAUAUGAUUCUCACUUCCUGAAUACCACCGCUGAUGCUCAAGAAAUAUUGAACACUUCACUUCACAUUUGUUGUUAAUCUCGUCUCGUACUUCAGACCGAAAAUGCACUUUAUACUUGUGUUAUGUCUCUUCGUGCUCGGGGCAAACGCGGGAAAGUACUCAAAAGAAGUCAACGAUCCAAAACCAACAGAAAAAGAGGUGGAAUUCAGGAUUGCCAAACUUAAUCAGGUUUGGGAAAAGGCAAUAAGGAUGCAGCUUUCACCUGUGAGGCUUUCUGAACUACACAGCGACUUAAAGAUCCAAGAGAAAGAUGAACUUCAGUGGAAGAAAGUCAAAGCAGAAGGCUUGGAUGAAGAUGGAGAGAGAGAAGCCAAGCUUAGACGCAAUUUUAAUAUUAUUCUCGCGAAGUAUGGCAUGGAUGGCAAAAAAGACACCCGUACAUUGGACAGCAACAGACUGAAAGAUCAUGAUUUUAAAGAGGGGGAUACAUUCGAUGACCCGAGACUAGACAAGCUGUGGAACAAGGCCAAAACUUCUGGAAAGUUCUCGGAAGAGGAACUCCAAAGCCUUCAGAGAGAAUUCCAGCACCACAAAGACAAGAUCAAUGAGUACAACAUUGUCAUGGAUACUGUGAGUCGGACCGAAGAGAUCCAUAAGAACGUAAUAAGUCCUCUGGAGGGUGAAGGAAAGGAACAUGUUCUCCAUCAAAAACAUGCAGAUCUGAAGCAGAGAAUGAAAUACCUCAACCAGGGCUUCGAACGACUCCGCAAAAUCACCCAUGACGGAUACAGUGAUGAUACUGAAUUCAAAGAGCCACGAGUCACAGAGCUUUGGGAGAUGGCAAAAAGAUCAAAUCUUAGCGAGGACGAACUCGACUCUUUUAAAGAGGAACUCAGACACUUUGAAACAAAAGUGGAGAAGCACCAGCACUAUCAGGAGCAACUGGAACUAUCACAUCAGAAACUGAAGCAUGUAGAGGCCCUGGGAGACGAGGACCACAUUAUGAGAAACAAAGAGAAAUACAACACUCUUGCUGAGAAAGCACGAGAAAUGGGAUACAAGAUGAAGAAACACUUGCAGGACUUGACGAAUAAGAUUUCCCGCAACGGAUUGCAACACAAUGAACUGUGAAUACCAUUUUCAUCACCAUGACGACUACAGCUAACUACUGUAUAGUCUUUCACAGGUCACAUACUGUAUGCUGUUUCUCUGUCUGUAUACUAAUGUUGGAUUGGAUUGGACUAUGGCAUGGCCUUCCUUAUUGUAUAUUAGCUCAACAAUUUCAACCUAAAAGUUAAACUUUUCAGUAAUUUUGUACUGAUUGUCUUUUUUUUACACAAAUGUAAUCGGUUCUGCUUUUGUGAGGUAUUUCCCGUUUUCUGUCUGUAAAUAGUCACAAUCAGAUUUACAUGUAGAAUGAAUGUUACUUUGUUAAAAUAACAUUGCUACUGUAAUGUCAAGCAGGAGAUGUGCUUUAAUAGAAAGAAAAAUCUUGAAAAGUAUGGAGAAACUGAGACCUUGAGUCAGCGAUUAUACUGACUGAAUCAAAAUAGCAUUAAGUACAUGCUGUGACAGUGUUAUGAUUGACAGUGUUGUCCUGAAAUGACCAUGAUGUAAAUCACCAUCUUUGUUAUUAAUAUGCUGUUAAAGGAAUAGUCUACAUUAUUUUGCCAUAUUAAACUGUUAUUACCUCAACCUAGACGAAUUAAUACAUACCUAUCUUUUUUCAAUGCGUGCACUGUACAGCGCGUUGUGAAUGUGUUAGCAU